AUGGGGAAGCUCAAUUAUCUCGCGAGACGCAUCAGCGGUCUCAAGGCCGGCCAAGCCGUAUCCAAAGACCUGAAAAAACGUUUCCCACCCGGUGCAGGUUCCAAAUCCGCCGCACGAGACCCCUUCGUCGAGAUCGACGUGACCGGCAAGGUGCUGACCGACGAGGGCCUGGCCCAGUUCAUCGGGGAUCUCGUGGACUGCCUCGAGUUCCGGGACCGGGAGCACCCCAUGGGGCUGGCGAAAGUUACAGAGCUGCAUCUGUCCGGCAACCGGCUGACCGUGGACUCGCUGCCGAUGCUGGCGGAGGUGGUCAAGCGGAGCGCGGGUGAUCUGCGCGAGCUAGAUCUGUCCAACAACGACAUCCAGAUCACGACCCCCGACGCCGUCCGGAAGUGGGCGAAUUUUCUGAACUCGUUCCAGAAGUGCUUUGUGCUGCGCAAGCUGGACCUGGGUGGUAAUGCGCUCGGGCGUGCGGGGAUCGAACACCUGGCGCGCAUUUACAUGAAAUCGGACCUGGAUUUCCUUGAGGGCGAUGCGCACGAAGUGCUUGAGUGGGACUCUGAGGAUGAGGAACACUCAUCGACUCCGGAAUCCAUGGCUGAGGGUAUGGCUCGAUUGAAGGUCAUAGCCGGUAAGGAGAACGAAAGCACUGCGCGAAAGAAGAAGUCCCCGUCUCUGCCCAAGCCGGAGCAGAAGAACGCUCAUACGUACGCCGAAUUGAAGAAAUAUGCCUGCACGCGUGGCCUUCGUUCGAUCCCAUAUUUGAUCCUCACAGACGUCUCGAUGACGAGUCAUAGUACCAUUCAGCUGAUUCCCAUGCUCGACAUUCAGCGUACCCCCGAGUCGCUGUUGAGCUUUCUUCCGGUAGUUGGCAAGGCGGUGGUGCUGCCUGAGAGUGCGGCAUCGUGCAAAAGCAUUAUUUGGCGACCGAACGAUAAGCUGACCCCUCAUGUGCUCAGAAUGAUUGAGGUAGCCGAGGCUCUUCAGCAGCUUCGAGAAUCCAAAGUUGAAACCGAACUCGAGGCAGCAGAUCAGGGUGAUAACAAGAACUUCGCGGAGACCAGCGACACCUCCAGCGAGACGAGCCAAGACCUCGAUAGUGCUACCCACCAGAAGCUCCAAAGCAAACUGCGAACCGAAUUCACUCGAGUGUGCAAACGCGUACGCCUCGAAGUUAUCAGGGCUGACGGUGUGCACAGCAGCACAAUCUGGAGCACCGCCUUGAGAAUGAUGCUUGUUGCGCGAGCUCUGCUUCUAGAAGACCGAGACCGUCCCAUAGAAUGCGAAGACAAUGACAUCCUAGAGCGGAUGCCGGUCCCUCGACCCACCGAAGGCCCGGUAGUUUCGUUUCCCAUGGACCCGGACAGCGAUGAUAGCUCCUCUGGCGAGCCCACCUACUACCACGUCGAGAACGCUGCGCCUUCAGGUCCCUUCCAUCCGAGUGCUGUUAGUUUCGACUCCCAGUUUCCCAAUCUGCCGUCGGCAGCCCCGGGACCUUCUCCAGCACUCCGUAUCCCGUCUGGCGACCUUUCUGACUCCAACCAAACCAGAAGGGGACCUCCGCCCUCUCAGCCCGCGGCGACUGCCACUCGAAGACGCACCAUCCGCGACCUUGGCAAGCAGGAAUGGCGCCAUGAUCUCCCUUUCAGUGUUUGGCGUCGGAUCAUCGCUGAAGCAGUCGGGGCCGAUGGGAUCCUGGACCUCGAGCAACAAACUCGCAUCAUGCACUACGCAAGUGACUGGGACGUCGUUGCUUAUGGCGUGCAGAUCAAGGGCACGGAGCUUCACCAGCAACUCUGGAAAUUCCUAGAAUCCGUGGACUGCUUCACCUACAGUCCCUUGUGA